AUUUUACUAGUAGUGUUAUCAUCUGUGUUCUUGUAAAGAAGCUCUUAAGAAAAAGCUCUAUUAAUAAAUAAAUAUUUAAUUAGCUGACAAAUUAACUUGUGACAAUCAUGGGCUUCUUAACAAAAGCUGUCUUUAUUGCUCUGCUGGGAGUAGGAGCGUGGUUCACUUUUGGUGGCAGCAGUCCCAAACCCAUCCCUCACUUAGAUCCCGAAGCGUGGUGGGGACCAAAAGACCUUCAGGGCAAACUAGACAAAAGUAUACGACCUUUCAAAGUCAAGUUUGAAGAAGAGAUGAUAAAAGACCUAAGAUACCGUUUGAAGAACCACCGGCCAUUCACACCACCUCUAGAAGGUGUGGCGUUUGAAUACGGAUUCAAUACAAACCAGAUAGAAGGCUGGCUGAACUACUGGGCAGAGAAGUACAACUUCACUGAACGGGAGACCUUCUUUAACCAGUUCCCGCACUACAAGACAUACAUCCAGGGUCUGGACAUGCACUUCAUUAGAGUGACACCGAAAGUGUCCAAAGAUGUGAAGGUCAUCCCCCUCCUUAUGCUCCACGGCUGGGGAGGGUCUGUGCGGGAGUUCUAUGAAGCUAUUCCUCUCCUCACCCAACAGCAAACAGGAUAUAACUUUGUUUUUGAUCUCAUUGUGCCAAGUUUACCAGGAUUCGGGUUUUCGCAAGGUUCAGUACGCCCUGGGCUUGGGAUGCCAGAAGCAGCAGUAAUCCUCAAGAACCUGAUGAACCGGCUUGGAUAUGAGAACUUCUACGUCCAAGGUGGAGACUUUGGAGGGGCCGUCGCCGCUGUCAUGGCCACACUGUACCCUGAUGUUAUGUUGGGAUACCAUUCAAAUAUGCUUCUAAGUCAGCAUUCAACAUCAAUAUUCAGAAUGUUCGUCGGUGCUUACUUCCCCUCACUCAUCGUGGAACCUCAUCUGGCGGACAGAAUGUAUCCGCUGUCAAAAUUCUUCGCAUACUUCAUCGAAGAAUUGGGAUACAUGCAUCUGCAUGGAACGAAACCUGAUACCAUUGGAGUUCCUCUAACAGAUUCCCCAGCUGGCUUCCUAGCUUAUAUGUUGGAAAAGUUCUCUGUAUGGACCAGAACAGAAUUCAAACAUCUGCCUGAUGGCGGACUUGGACUCAGGUUCACGAAAGACCAACUCCUUGAUAAUCUGAUGGUGUACUGGUCUACCAACAGCAUUACAACAAGCAUCAGGUUCUAUGCAGAGAAUUUGAAUUUUGAAAAGUGGGCUAUGGGAUUGGAUGAUAUCCCAACACCAGUCCCCACGUGGGCUCUACAAGCUAAACAUGAAAUGAUCUACCAGCCUCCCGCCCUCCUGACACCGAAGUUCACAAACCUCGUCGGCACCACAAUCCUGGAUGAUGGAGGGCAUUUCUUGGCAUUCGAGUUACCCAAAGAAUUCUCAGCAGAUGUGUUCAAUGGUUUCAAGAAGAUCAGAGAAUGGCGCCAAAAGAACGGCAAGAUAGAACUGUGAUACUUAGUUUUAAUUUAAAUAAGGAGGCCUAGUUCCAGCAGUGGAUUGAGACGGGCUGAUGAUGAUGAUGAUAAAUAAAGUUUUUUUUGUAAAUAGA